AUGGAAUUCUUUAUCUCUCUUGAUUCCAAUUUCGCCAGGAAGCAACUCAGUUUGUCAACCUCCCGCCGCGACCACCACCACCUCUUCCUAUCAUCUACUCGUUCUUCGCGUGAGUUCCUUCUGUGUCAUUCCACAAUAUCCUCUUUUUUCACCUCUGCCUCCCUUGUUACCGUAAAACACCUCAGUCAAACUCUAACUGGGGUUCUUAAUAAUGGACGCACUCGUCUGGCAAUUACCACUUGUGACGGUAUCCUCUGUUUUGGGAUAGAUGAAUCUUUAGCUGUUUUGUAUAAUCCUUCUACUGGAAAAUCCAAAGUAUUGCCUCCUUUGAAAACAUGUUUUCAAAACUUAUAUACUUUAGUGUAUGAUCGAAUGGCUAGUAAUUAUAAGGUUAUUGCUAUUGGUUACUUUAAUAGCAUAGUAGGAGUUAACAUUCACACUUUGGGGACGGAUUAUUGGACAAGUAUUCAAGACUUUCCAUGUUCUAAUCACAUUAGUAAACCUGGAAUAUUUGUGAAUGAUACUAUUAAUUGGAUUGCAUAUGAUACUAAUUUGCCACGGGACAACGUCAUUAUUUCUCUUGAUUUAGAGAAGGAGUCAUAUCAAAAGCUUUCACCCCCUCUUUAUAAUGAUGAUGAUACAGGAUCCGAACUUCCCGUUGCCUUGGGGACAUUGAGGGGUUGUUAA